UCAAAUUAUUUAAGAGUUGAUUAAUUAAAUAGAGAAUCUCAGAGGCCGCGUAAGAUUUACGAUCUGACUUUUAUUUCUUUAAGAAAAAACAAAAAAACGCCGCACGUGUAGGGUCGCGUCAGUUGCACGCGACACGUCAAAUAAAUCUGAACCCUAGAUCGCUUUCUUCAGUGUUCUAUAAAAACUAAACUCCAUUCGCUGACUUCGCAAAGAAGAACACUUUCUCUCUGAAAUCUCAAAUUCAUCUCUUCUCUUCCGAUUUCGCUGAAUCAUGUCAGACGACGAGCAUCACUUCGAAUCCAGCGACGCCGGAGCUUCUAAGACUUAUCCUCAACAAGCCGGUAACAUUCGUAAAGGUGGUCACAUCGUCAUCAAGGGACGUCCCUGCAAGGUGGUUGAGGUAUCGACUUCGAAGACUGGGAAGCAUGGUCACGCCAAGUGUCACUUUGUUGCCAUUGAUAUCUUUACUUCUAAGAAGCUUGAAGAUAUCGUUCCUUCUUCCCACAAUUGUGAUGUUCCACAUGUGAAUCGUGUUGAUUAUCAGUUGAUUGAUAUCUCUGAAGAUGGCUUUGUUAGUCUUCUUACUGAUAAUGGUAGCACUAAGGAUGAUCUGAAGCUGCCAACAGAUGAAGCUUUACUCACACAGCUCAAGAAUGGAUUUGAGGAGGGUAAGGAUAUUGUUGUGUCUGUCAUGUCUGCAAUGGGAGAGGAGCAGAUGUGUGCUCUCAAGGAAGUUGGUCCCAAGUAAUAAUAAUAAGUAAGCAUUCUCUCUUUUACAGAGGCUAUGUAUUAUCAAGUUUGACAGAGUCAAAUGUUAUAAGAACAAAGUUUGGUCCUUUUUUUUGGUCUUCUUAGUAUAAUUUAAGCCCACAUGUGUUUCCCAUGCAAGACACUCUUAUAUUUACUAGUAUAUCUUACUAUUGGUUUUGGUUGUGGAGAAGUUACUGUUGACAGUUCCAAACCUCUACUUCUCUUUAUGUGCUAUGUUAUUUUCUCAGAUCCUAAAGGAUUAGUCAUUUUGAAUGUGGAUAUGUCACAUCAAUACUUGUGAUCCAAGUGCUCUCUUUGAGUAGUCGCUGAGUGAUCAAAUGCUAAGGGAGGUCUCAUAUACUUGCUAGUUUAAGGGCCUACUUCAUAGUUUUAGUUGGUUAUGCUAUGGAGUGGGCCUGACUACAACCAUCAACAAUCGAUAAAAAGCUACAUUUCUAUGGAUAUUGAACUUGAACUUUGGUGUAAGAAGUUUUAGUCUACUAUUGAACCAAAAGCGUUUUCCACUGAUUACCUUUUG